UUUAGUAUAGUUGAAGGUGACAACAAUGGCUGCAAAAGCCCUCAUCCCUGCUCUCUUCUUUUGCUUCCUUUUCUCUAUCUCCACCAUCAGCCAUAGCUACAGAUUUUAUCCUCCUGCGAAACCCUGCAAAGAACUCGUGUUUUUCUUCCACGAUAUCCUGUACAAAGGCUACAACAGAGACAAUGCAACUGCAGCCAUAGUUGGGGCACCAGACUGGGGUAACAAAACAGCAGUGGCUUCCCCAUUCAACUUCGGAGACUUGGUCGUUUUCGACGAUCCCAUCACUUUGGACAACAAUCUGCAUUCACCUCCGGUGGGAAGAGCACAGGGCAUGUACCUCUAUGAUCAGCAAACUACCUAUUCUGCUUGGCUUUCGUUCUCCCUCGUCUUCAAUUCCACAGAACACAAGGGUUCCCUCAAUUUUGCUGGUGCUGAUCCAUUGCUCAACAAGACUAGGGAUAUUUCGGUCAUAGGUGGAACUGGUGACUUCUUCAUGGCUAGAGGGAUUGCCACUUUGUCGACUGAUGCAUUUGAAGGAGAUGUCUAUUUCCGGCUGCGAGUUGAUAUUAAGUUGUAUGAAUGCUGGAAGUGAUUGAUUGAUGGUACAAUUCAAUGGCUUUCAGCUUGGAUCCUUUUGUUUUUAGAAAAAAAAAAAAAUUAUAUGGUUCUCAUGGCUGCAUUUGCCUUUUUUUUUUUUUUUUGGGUGGGGGGAUCUACUAUCAAGAAGUUUUAAUUGAUAGAAGAAUAAAAUUUUACGAAAUAGCAUUGAUCUAAAAUUAUCAUUUUUCUCUUGAUGUUGAGUCUUAAUUGAUAUAUGAGUUUGUACU